AUGCCCAACACAAUGAAAGCAGUCGUCAUUCGAGGCAAAGAAGCCAAGCUUGAACUAGAUCGACCUCUUCCUAAGCUUCGUGACGAUUACAUCCUCGUCAAGACCGAGGCUGUGGCUCUCAACCCCACUGACUGGAAACAUGUUGCGUUUGGUCUCGGCGCCGAGGGCGGACUCGUCGGCUGCGACUUCGCAGGGAUCGUUGUCGAGGUGGGCAAGGCUGUGACUAAGAAGUGGAGUAAAGGUGACAGGCUCUCUGGCGUUGCACAUGGUGGCAAUAGCCUUCAAGUUGAAGAUGGUGCUUUCGCCGAGUAUGUUGCUGCCAAAGGGGACGUGCAGAUCAAAAUCCCGGAUAAUUUGAGUUUCGAAGAUGCUUCGACUCUGGCGCUGGGUGUCGCCACGGUCGAACAGGGUCUUUACCAAAAGGCCUUGAACUUGAAUCUCCCCACGGACCCUAUCAAGGAGAAGACUUUCGUCUUGAUAUAUGGUGGAAGCACUGCGACUGGAGCUUUGGGUGUCCAAUUCGCCAAACUAUCAGGCUACACCGUCUUGUCAACAAGUUCGCCUAGAAACUUCGAAUAUGUAAAGAGCCUCGGCGCCACCGAAGUAUUCGACUACAACGAGCCAAACGUGGGCCAGAAGAUCCGCGAAUACACGCAAAACAAACUCAAGCUCGCCUGGGACACGGUCAGCGAAGGCGAAUCCGCCAAGAUCGUCGCCGAUGCCCUUUCCACCGAGUCUGGAAGUCGGUACGGCAGUAUUCUUCCCAACAAAUUUCCACGAGAUGAUGUCGACUACACUUCGACGCUGAUGUACACUAUCUUCGGUGAGCCGUUCUUCUUUGGCCCGACAGAGUUUCCGGCUGUGCCAGAAGACUUGGAGUAUACCAAGAAAUUCUUUGGUAUUACGGAGAAGCUGCUCGCCGAGGGCAAGUUGAAGCCACACAAGGCGAAGGUCGGUAAGGAUGGCCUGAAAGGUGUUUUGAAAGGACUCGAUGAUCUGAAGAACGGGAAAGUCAGUGGCGAGAAGUUGGUUUACCGAGUCUCUGAAACUCCCUAG